AAUCUAUAUGAACGCGGCAAAACGCGAGCUGCUCUUAGAACGAACUUGCGAUUUGUAUACCAAUUUCACUAACGAGAUUAUGAUUAGUUGUGAUUAGAGAUUGCCUGUGAGGAAAAAAUGGAAGACUUUGUACCAACACGUGGCUCCCAAGUCAAAAAAACUGCGACGAGUGAUUACAUAUCUGUGAAUUAUAUAGCGCCAAAGAAAAAAGUGAAAUCUGCAGAUGACUCAAAUAACAAAGAAAAACUUGAGGAAUCUACGAAACAAACACCUGAAAAACUGAUAAAACAACAACAAGAAAAAGAGAUGAAGAAGUUGCGAUAUGAGAUUAUCAAAUUUGGUAUGUCUGGUUUCGAGAAACCAAAGGCGAGGAGAGCAAAGGUUGAGCUCGCUAUUAGCUUAGGUGCAAUACCUCCCAAGAAUAAGAGAAUGAAUUACAAAGCAUUAAAGACGCGUCGAAAGAUAGAGAAAGAGAAGAAAAAGGAGGAAGGGCACAAGUCUGGAUUUACCAGUAGUUUGCUCAAACCUAAGUCUAAGAAAACACAGAAGAAGGAUAGUGGUAUUCUACAAGUUUAUGGGAAAGUACCGAAAGAUAUCUUGAUAAAAAAAAGAAAAAGAGUUGAAAAUAAAAACAGUUUCUAAAACAUGAAACUUUACUAAAACUCUACAUGAAAUUGGUUGGAAAUAUGUUUUAAAUAAAAUAUCUUGUAAGGACUAUUAAGAAUAAAAACUAUAUAUUU